AUGUUUCUCCCCUCCAUCACUCUCUUCGCUACCCUGUCCUCGCUUUUCCUGCCUCACGUCCACGCCGUCGGUCGCGCAAUCGUCAGUAAUGAGUGUCCGGAGGCUAUUUACCUCUGGUCUGUAGGCGGAAGUAUCGGACCGCAGCAGAAGAUCGCGCCGUCGACGUCCUACAGCGAGACAUUCAGGCGCGACCCUCAAUCCGGGGGCAUCGCGCUCAAGAUUUCGCCGGUUGAGAAUGGCAUCUUCCAGCCGAAUGUCAGCCAGACUAUUUUCGCCUACAAUCUUGAUGGCCAGCAGGUCUGGUACGACAUGAGUGAUAUAUUUGGCGAUGGAUUUGCUGGACGCACAAUGUCGCUGAAGCCGAGCGAUACUACGUGCCAAAACAUUGUUUGGGCAUAUGGAAAGCAGCCCGCUGGGAGCUCGAUCAAGGUGUGCGGGUCCGGCAGUGACUUGACCUUGUCGUUUUGCACGGGUGGUUGCUUGCCGAGUUGGUAUCCUUGCGGAAAUGCUGCGCCGGGAAGUAACAAGGUUUGCUGCACCCACUGUAUUGGAAGCCAUCAUUGUGUUGCGGCACCGUGA